AUGGCGCAAGUUGGAGCCAAUAUGGAGUACCAGGAGUACAAGUGGGCGUAUUCAAUCAUGGACUCGUCAAAGGUAUCUGCCUGCGUGAUCUCAAUGUUGCUGAUUGUGUACGGGAGCUUCAGAUCUUUGAACAUGGAACGGGAGGCCCGCGAGAGGGCGGACAGGGAGAGGGAGGCGACCCUCCUGGGGGGGAAGCCGGCCCCCGCCCCCUCCCCGAACAAUAAUGUCCAGACCCUGAACACGAUGCAGGCCCUGUGCUUCCCCCUCGGCUCCUCCGUCGCAUUGCUGGUGAUGUUCUUCUUCUUCGACUCCAUGCAGACCCUCGUGGCGAUUUGCACCGCAAUAAUCGCGUGCGCGGCGCUCGCUUUCCUGCUGACGCCGCUGUGCCAGUACGUGGCGGGGGGCGCGGGGGCGGGGGGGCCGCGCGCCGCCUGCGGCCGCUACUCGGCGCCCGAGCUGGCGGCCGCGCUGCUAGCGGCGGGCAUCGUCGCCGUCUGGGUGCUCACCGGCCACUGGCUGCUCAUGGACGCAAUGGGCAUGGGUCUGUGCGUGACGUUCAUCGCCCUCAUCCGGCUGCCGUCCCUGAAGGUCUCCACGUUGCUGCUCACCGGCCUGCUGCUCUACGACGUCUUCUGGGUCUUCUUCUCCUCCUACAUCUUCACCACCAACGUGAUGGUCAAGGUUGCCACAAGGCCCGCCGAGAACCCGAUGAACGUGGUGGCGCGCCGGCUGCAGCUGGGCGGCGCCAUGCGCGACGCGCCCAAGCUGUCGCUGCCGGCCAAGCUCGUCUUCCCCUCGAUGCACCACCAGGGACACUUCUCCAUGCUCGGUCUCGGUGACAUAGUGAUGCCGGGUCUGCUUCUGUGUUUUGUGCUGCGCUACGAUGCUUACAAAAAGGCCACUCUGGUGUGCCAGAUGGGCCAAGUGCCCGGCCCUAGGUCCAUGGGCUCCCGGCUGACGUACUUCCACUGCUCGCUGCUGGGCUACUUCCUGGGGCUGCUGACGGCGACGGUCUCUGCGGAGGUGUUCAAGGCCGCGCAGCCGGCUCUGCUCUACCUGGUGCCCUUCACGCUGCUGCCGCUGCUCACCAUGGCCUACGUGAAGGGUGAUCUCAGAAGAAUGUGGAGCGAGCCGUUCAUAGCGCCGAAUGGUAAAUCCGGGGCGGACUUCGAUGUG